AUGUGGAGUAGAGUCGUCGAAGCAUGGAACGGUAGUGCUGCUACUCAAGCUGCUACUGCUACUCAAGCUGCUACUGCUACAACAGCAGCUUACAAGCGUUUUUCUUUCCAAGAUGUUCAACAAUUGGUGGCUUCUAAGCCUGCUAAUACCUUUAUUUUAGAUGUUCGUGAACGUUCCGAAUAUUCUACAGGUCACGUCCCGGGUGCCUACAAUAUGCCUUUCAAUUCAUACCCAGAAGCUUUGAAAUUCGAUGGUGAACAAUUCAAUGCUACUUUUGGAUUCCCUAAGCCAGCUACCUCCGCUAAUAUGUUGUUCUUAUGCCAAUCUGGUGCUCGUGCCGCAAAAGCAAGAGAUGUAGCAGAAAAAUUAGGGUAUGCUAAUGCUUCUGUAUAUCCAGGCUCCACUAAUGACUGGGUCGGUCAAGGUGGUAAGACUGUUCAAUAA